UAAUUAAAUAAAAGAUAUUAAAUUAUGGGUGUUAGAGUGACAUAUAGAAGAAGAACAUCAUACAACACAAGAUCCAAUAAAAUUAGAAAGGUCAAGACACCAGGUGGUAAUGUUGUUGUCCAAUAUCCCAAUAAAAAGACAAGUGCCUCUACCUGUGCUGACUCAAAUUUGAAUGUUGUUCUUAAUGGACUCAAAAGAAUCAGACCAACCAAGCUUAAGCAACUUGCAAGAAGAUAAAGAACAGUUUCACGACCAUAUGGUGGUGUUUUAAGUGCUGGUGCUUUAAAAAACAGAAUAAUUAGAGCAUUUUUGGUUGAGGAAGUCAAAAUUGUCAAACAAAUCAAAAAAUGAUACAUAUAGUUCUAUGUUUUAGUACAUUAAAUACACAAAUACAUGAUCUUA